AAUGUCCCAAGAUUCUAAAAGAUUUUCGCAAAAUGAGGAUGAAGAGGACUUUGAUUUCCAAGAAGACUUGAAAGCCCAGAGGAUUUCUUACGGGAAAGGAUCAAUUUGGAGCGAUUUCUCCAAUCCAAUGGAACAAGAAACUCUAUUUUACUCUAAAAGUCUGCUAGCUCAAUCCCAAGUCAUUGUGAGAUCUCUUUUGUGGAAAGAUGAUGCGCCAUACUUCAAAUUUGACUUCGACGAUGAUAUUAGAAGGAACGAAGUUUUAAAAUCUAUGAUCACAGCAGGGAUCUCUACAACAGUUAUCACGAUCAUGGAUAUUAGAGUUCUCAACAUGCUAAAGGCUGUGCGAAAAUACAGUAUUCUCCAAAAGUUAUUGCUGAUCCAAGUGAUGAACUCACCUUUCUACAUCUACUUCUACACUACAAUCAACAAGAGUUAUCUCGACUUGAAGAAAUAUCUUGUGCUAAAGUACCUAGUAAAAGACAAUGAGAAAGUCUUUACACCUGACUGAGAAGAAGCUAAAAUUGAGGCAUCCGAGUCAAACAUCUUGUAG